AUGGCAUUGUCGAGUAGGUGGAAACUUCUCAACAAAGAGAUGGCAAAAUGGAGAGAUGCCUUGGCAAAAGCGAUGAACUUGUAUAGAAGUGGGGAAAAUCGUACUAACGAGCUCAUUCAAGCACAGAUGUGGUUCGGUGCAACCGGGGGUGGCAAAAAAAGGUUCACCCAUCAUGAAUGUUGGGAGGUGGUGAAAUAUUGUAAACGGUUCACAAUUAUUCCCACGGGUCCCGACGUUGUGUUAAACGAGACGCCUCUUCGUGAUUCAACGACAUCGGAUUCACCUCUCGAUUCCCCUAUGAGUGAAGACUCACCCCAUCCAAAAAGAACCGAGGCCCAUUGGCCGAAAGGCUGCGAAGGCAAAGAAAGCGGGUAA